AUGAACCUCAACCUAUCCGCCUCGCUUCACGCGACGCGCCUACUCUUCAAGCCGAGCCUCUGCCUCCCCCACCACACCGUGUCCACCUUCAACGACCUGCCCAUCCCGCUCGACAGCGCGCUGCACGCCCGCGGUCUGCAAGCCAACAUCCGCGCCGUGGUGCUCGACAAGGACGACUGCUUUGCCUAUCCCGACGCCAAGGAAGUAUACGAACCGUACAAGGAGCAUUUUGAAAAGCUGCGUCGGGCGUAUCCCGGGCGGAAGCUCCUCAUCGUCUCCAACACGUCGGGCGCGACGACGUGGGACCGGGACCUGGCGCAGGCCGCCGCCGUGGCGCGCGGCACGGGGGUGUACGUGCUGCCGCACGCGGUCAAGAAGCCCGGGUGCGGGGAGGACGUCAUGGCCUACUUCAGGAGCCACCCGGAGACGGGCGUGACGGACGCGUCGCAGGUGGCCUUGGUCGGGGACCGGCUGACGACGGACAUGAUGCUGGCGAAUAUGAUGGGCGGCUGGGGCUUUUGGAUCCGCGACGGCGUGGUGCCGAUGCGUCAAAAGAGCAUGAAUGGAACGGAAUCUACAUUCGUUUCUAGAGGCGAGAGGCGUGAAGCCGCCUUUGCCGCAGAGUCUGCUCUCAGCAUCAUCAUCAGGAGGGUUUAUUGCUCGCGACAGCCUCGUCUCCCACAACCCCUACGACCAUUUCGAUACCCCGCGACUUUCCCCUUUCCCGUCGCAUACACGAUCCAUACCGAUCACACCGAUACUAUGAGUCUUCCUCUUGGUGGCGGAGCGAUGGGCGCGCCGCCGAUGCCCAUGGGGAGCAGCGCCGAGGACCAGGGCGUCAAAGCUAUGAAAGCAGCCAUGGAGUCGUGCGUCGGCAAGUCCGUCAUGUCCGGCGUCAUGGGUUUCGGCAUGGGUGGUCUCUUUGGCAUGUUCAUGGCCUCUAUGUCCUACGACACCGUCGGUACCUCCCUCGCCGGCAACCAGGCGCACCAGGCCAUUGCCAACAUGCCGCUCCGGCAGCAGCUCAAGGUCGGCUUCAAGGACAUGGGCACGCGGUCGUUUUCCAUGGCCAAGAACUUUGGCAAGGUCGGCGCCCUCUUCUCCGGCAUCGAGUGCGGCAUCGAGGGCAUGCGCGCCAAGAACGACCUGGCCAACGGCGUCGCCGCCGGCUGCCUGACCGGCGCCAUCCUGGCCAAGAAUGCCGGCCCGACGGCCAUGGCCGGUGGCUGCGCGGCCUUUGCUGCCUUUUCGGCGGCGAUUGACGCCUAUAUGCGACAGCCGAGCGACGAAUAA